AUGUUCCGACGCUCUUGUAGGCUGGUAUGGACCCCGAACUACUUUCGGUAUGGGCGUCGUACGGAUCGUCUCGCCACAAAGAUGACCUCUAAAAAAAGACAGGUCUUAGCCACGGCAGGGGCACCAAAAAGGGGGAUGACGAAGCGCCCCCACAAGGAGGAGGAAAACUCCACAUGGGUUUCCUCUUUGCACUACGUCAACAUGCAGCUUACGCGUCUCAAUAUCUCCGAAAAGGAAGACUCUUGGCGACGGAGCGCACGUGAAAAGCUCAUACGCACCUCUCAAAAGCUCCAUUCGGAAUGGAAACGACUUCCGGCCCUUUUACCUAAAAAAGCACAGGACGAUCAGCAGGCGUGUCUUUGUUUUCAGACCCGGCAAGAUGUCCUUGGCCCCUUGUCUAGCUUUCUUCGUGUGCCACGGCAGCCUCACACGAGUUCGUUCAGGGGUGACCACUUAAAAUUAUAUCGUGUUGUAGAAGAUGCUGAAAUCGUGGAUGAUAAAGCCCCUCCAUUGGCUCAUAGGACUUCCGCCGGAUCCAUUUCUUCAGAUACCUCCAGAGAUUGGGGUAUUACACGUUUUUCGCUUGAAGAUUUGAUUGGUUUUCUAGAGCUUUACCAUUAUGUCGAGAGCGAGGAUGGCCCACUGUUAGGUCUUCUUCUUCAUGAAGUGAAUCAAUUUCUAUUUGGCAAUGUGAUGCCUCUUUUGGAAACCUCCGGCGCGGAAUCGGUGCGAGUUCGCCUUCCUCUUCCACAGCUCCUCUUCAUCCUGUCCGAGCUGGGAAUAACCGAGGAGCGCAUGCUGCAGGCGAUUGUGUGUCGUAGUCAUGAAAAGCUCCCCCCCUCCCAUCCGGGAGAUCCCACGACAAGAGGUCUGCUGUACGCCAAUUUACCCCUUUAUACAACUCGGGAUCUUGUAGUCUUGAUGGUCGCGCUCCAUCGCUUUGGUUUACAGCAAGACUACGCGUUUGAACGAACCAUCAAAGCCUUGAAAGUGCGCUUGUGGAGGUCGGACUCUCCCGAGGCUCACCUUCGGCUAACUAUCAAAAAAAUGGAAUUAAAUGCUGACAGUCCCCUCGGACGUGAAUCACGCGACGGGGUUGCCAACGAGCUGGGGAAUUCGGACAAUGAACCCGCUGAUCGGUGGCUUCGGCACCUUCCGAGACUUGAAAAGGAUUUGCAAUGCCCCCUUGAAGUGUUGGUGGAGGCGAUUACGGCCCUCAGUGUGAGUGUGUUUCGCCCCCGGGAUGUGCUUGCUUUGGUGGCGAACUUACUACUGGUAUCUGCACACGCUGAAUUGAAAGCCGUCCUGGGUAGUGCCCUCAUAAGCCCUUCAGAGAAGAAAUCCACGAUGUUGGCCAUCUCGCACCAACUUCACCAGGCAGUGCAUCUCUAUGAAGAAAUGAACGAACUACAGCCAUUGUUGGCAGAACUGCUUACCUGGAGUUGCACCGUUUCCGAAGUAGGUGUAUUAAUAGACGGAGAGGAAAGCGCUGAGAUUCCAUCGGAACGUCGGGCAUGCUAUGAUCACGUUACGGCGGAUCUGGUCAAAGUAAACUCAGUAUGA